UUCAGUUGGUAUUUAUCUAAUUGUUUGUUUAUUUAAAUGUAGGCAUAUAAUCGAACGGCCGAUGUUGAACUAGACUUCACAAAAUCCGAGUUGUUUUUAUUAAUCGCGCAGCCGAUAAGAUAGUGCUCGUAGUGAAAUAAUCAUCAAAUAGGAAAAUAAAGCAAAGAAGCGCAAUUGACUGCUUUUAUUUAUAGCCGUGCGAAAUGUCCAAUGCCCACUCGUUACUGCCGUUCAUAUUAUAUGUGCGGUAUACUUGCAUUACUAAUCACUUACUUAGAGCCUAAAAAGAAAAUGGUUUUUCUUAACAGAUCGUCCGCAUAUUUCAAAUGGCCACUACCGGAAAUAGUUGGUAAUAAUGCCGUUGUAUUAUUGCCAACUUGCGCUGUUCACCCGCCCUCCGUCAACCGGUAGUAUUUCUGCCGAUUUACAAAAGGCGGCAAUUUAUUACGGCGUACUUGAUAAGUUGCGAGUAAUGUGUACGAGAUGUACGUACAUCUUACUUGACAUAUUAUUUGCGUACUUAUACAGCAAUUAUCACGAAUGCAGUUUACUGGCGAGUAAUACGAAAGAGGAAGACAUCGGAGGCUGCGAAACAACUAUUGCGAAGUAGUGGCAGUGCAGACAGUAGGAGAAGAAGACUAGACAUAUAGAGAGUGCAUAUAGAUUAGGAGGGAACCAAGAUGACCGGGGUGAAGUUCCAAGAUCAUAUCCUCGAAGCAAUUGACCAGCUGCGUCACCGGAAGGCGCGUCCGGAUGAGGAGAGAAUCUACAACACGCUGUUCCGGCGGCACGCGAUCAACAUUACCGAGGCUAAGACCGCACUGAAGCAGUGCGUGGAGAGCGGCGCCGUGCUGAAGGUCUCGUACAAGGGCAAUAUUAGCUACAGGAAUGCCGCGAAGAAGUUUUCGCACCUGAAGCGCGAUGCCCAGGGGGAGGUGAUACGGGCGCCGGGAAAGCCCCGGCGCAAGUUCACCGCCUUGCUUACGAACGCCUUCACCGAGCUCGUCCUGCACGAGCCCGACUAUUUGGAGUACGGCGUGCCGCCCCCGGAGCUAAUUAAGAUCAUCCUGGCCAAGGACAACGUGCGUUACACGAAGCGAUAUGUAAGUAUUCUGCUGGAGAAGGAGGUCGAAGCCGGCGGCCUGGUAAGAAUGAACAGCGGCAAUUUUCUCUUCGGCCGAAACAAAAACGAUGAAAUACAGACUUGUCACAAUCAGAUGGAAACCGAGCACGAGCACAGCGACAAUAUAACAGCUCUGACUCAAAACGCCGCCGUCAUCGCCACCACCGCCGACGCUGCCGCCCCCAUCACGUCGCCACCCCAAACGACGUCGCAACACACCGCCGCCGCAGUCGCCUCAGCAGCCGCUACCACCGCACCGCAGCCCAAAGUGCAACAACAUCUCGUCCAACUUCAUCGCAACAACAACAACCAUCAACAACAUCAACAAGAAGAACAUUCAAUAGUCCUCAAUUCUUCUUCAUUCAUGGAUGGCCAUGGCCACGCACAGGAUGACAGACCCAACGAAAACCUUCGUGUUGGCGGCAGGAGAAAGAGGGCCAAGAAAGUUUUUGAUCCAUCUGACAACAAUUUGCCUAAGAAGAGAGGACGUCCACUGGGAUCAGGAAAGAAUCAAACUGAAAAAUACAAUAACUCGUCGAUGAGUAGUAGACAUAGUGAUGGUGGUUACGAUUCUAGACCGGAAUCGCGUUCAUCAUUGAAUGGUCGUGGAGAGGUGCAAGGUGGCGUCUGCUCGGUAUGCCGUAUCCAGAACAAGAAAGGUCCCAAUGAAAAGAUGAUCUCUUGCCGGGAAUGCAGUAACAAAGCACAUUUGAGUUGCUUGAACGGUGACGACAUGAUGCUAAAAACGUACCCGGAUAACACCUGGCAAUGUCCUCACUGCAAGACCUGUUCAGUUUGCUAUGAAACAUCCUCUGCUGGUACCCUUUAUGUAUGCGCGAUAUGCGCGGAUGCUUAUCAUGUAUCUUGCCAUGAUCCCAAGAUCAUGGAGAAAUCAAAGACUGGAACGAAAUGGCUUUGUCAUAACUGCCAAAUGCCCGAGCAAUUGACUGUUGAUAACAUCCAACUAGGGUAUAACAUGGAAGCAUCGAAAAUGAACCACGAAACUGUUGCUUCUCCAGACGUUUCGAGAGGUACAACACCUACGAACUUCCAAUCUGCUCCUGUCAGUCCGACACCGCCGACCUUGAGUCCGCAGACGACACAAAACGGUCGCAGACACACCUUGACUGAUUCUGAUAGUAAAUCAGAAACGCACAGUAUUAAAGAGGAAGAACUAGAGGAGAAUAUCGAUCCGAGCAUCCCGGAUGCAACAAACUGGAGUCCAGAGGACGUCUACGAGUAUUUCUAUCAGUACUUUCCCGACGAAGCUAUAGUUUUCAAAGAACAGGAAAUCGAUGGUCAUUCGUUGCUCUUGAUGCGGAGAAUGGACGUUCUGAAAGGAUUAACUUUGAAAUUGGGUCCUGCGUUGAAAAUAUACAGGCACGUACUGAAACUGCAAUACCGUAGGGACGACCACAAGCUUUACUGGGCUUGAAUAAAUACCAAAAUGUUUUAUAGUAUAUUGUAUUUAUUACUGUUAUCUAUUUCUAUAUAUAUGUAUAUAUAUAUAUUAUGUAAUGAUAGUUAAGCAACAAGUUGGAAUGAUGAAGGUGAUAUUUUU